CAUCGACAUGGUGUUUUGGAAUCGCGUGGUGGUCUGGUUUGUGUGUGUUGCCAGAAUGAAUCGGAUUAUACCGUGGGGCAGCAAUAUGUACUCGUGUUACGCUGUACAUACAUAUUCGACAUACUUUCUCAAAUUCAUGAGGGGAACUUGGUGAACACAUUGGUUUUGCUUCGGUAACUUAAAAAGUUGUAAUUUACAUUACAUUUCGUGUCUAGCUUCGCCUCAGUCGAGACCAGUUUUCGGGCUGUGCUGGACAUGAAAUUAGCUGGUGGUGGUUGCGUUCUAUCGUGCUGAAAUUGAUGUACAUACGCAGUGAGUGGAUACAUAUUUCGUAGAAAUUAAUCCAUGUAGGCAUGAAAAAUAUAAAGGAAAAUCUACAAGUUUUUUAAAAAUAUUUACAUUGAUCAAAUGUUUACUGGGAGAUCCACUUGAGUGAAAAGUGCAUCAUGUCCAAUAAAACUGGGGGUGGUGGGAGUGUUUCUGGUCGUCGCGGUGGCGGUGCUAGCAGUAAGAUGAGUGUUGGUUAUGGGGGUGCAACCACUCCGCAAAGUGGUGGUCGAGACAGUCACUUUAAAGUAUUGGAGACCGACUCAAAAUACGGGAUGCUCAUGUGGCAAAGCAAAUUGCAGGAAAAGUUGCUCAAGGAGCAAAAAGAGAAGAAACAGAGCGAUCUUGCUUCUGCGAUGAGGAGAAAGUCUGACGAAGACUAUCAAGCUCAAGCUAAAGCCAGUAGGACGGGACCACUUCGUGGUGGGGGCAGCGGUGGUGGUGGUGCAAGUGGGAGCUAUAACACGUUCAGACCAUCCAAAGACAAUGGAAUGGUGCCAGAUCCCAGAGUAAACUUUAGCAGUGAAAGCCCCAAUGAAUUCAGGAUUGAAAUAUCCAGAGAAGAAGACACUCCAACCUCCCGUGGAGCGAAAGGGACCCGACGAACUAAUAAUCCCUUAACAACAACAACACCCACACAUUUCAUCUCUGCGAGAUCGCCCCAAUCCCAAGAUCCAAGUGAAAAGUUUGUUAGUGCUGAUUCUGUGAAUGAAUUUACUUCCAAUUUUGCUCAGAGCAACUUUUACGAGGAUAUUCAUCACACUCAAACUGGUGGUGGUGCUCAGUCUGAUUUUGUGAAAAGUAAUGAACACAUGAAUAAUUCCGAUGGUGGGAACAAAUAUAAUCCGAGAGGUAAUAAUACGGAUGCACAAUACGAGUGGGUGGUGCCCACGGACAGUGCUGACGAUAAUCAGGUUAGGCAAGGACAAGGUGGUGGUGGGACACGUUAUCAUGCCGAAACGUAUCAUCAUCAGAAUCAAUACAGACGUGAUCUUGUUCCUGAUCUCGACAAAAAUAAUGGCACAAUGCUCCCAAAAAUUGAGAAAGUAUUUACGCGAGGGAGACCCAGUGGUGGUCAAAUGCCAAAACUCAGUAAUUCCAUUUCCUACGAUAGUCUCACCAAACCCAAUCAUCAUCAUCAAGGGCAAACUACUCCGGCCGCCGGGAUAACCUCGACACCCUACAACUUUUCCAGCAACCUGGCAUUUUUCGGUCUAAUGGGGUUCGGUGGUGGGACUGGAGCCGGAGCUCCGCGUCGUUCACCAUCAGGAAGAUUAAUGACCAAUCUGCAAGGUCACCCUGAGAUCCGUUACCACCAAAAGGACACGCGUGGUUUUGACCAAACCCUGCGUUACAUGAUGGAUAAGGAACGGAUCUCUCAAUACAAGGAGGACUUGGAUAAACAAGUGUUGGAAAAUGCGAGACAAAAGGUUCGGGUCGGGUCCAUUCCCAUGAUUAAGAUCAUGAGCAGUCACGAAAGUAACCAAAAUCUCGCCACGAACGAGACUGAUGAUGAUUUGAGAAGGUUCUCUCGUGGCAGCAAUAAUGGCGUCGAGUUGGCUCCGCUCAUCAGAAAGUAUAAAAGUCUCCCCAAACUCAACGCUCUCAGCUCGACCGAUGUCACAAAACAGUUCUCCUCCCCGCGGAGAGGAGACCAGAACUGCCUUUCACCAGAACCCGAGGAAAUUGCCAAAGGCCUGUCAAUACAACUCGCAGAGAAACAGAAAAUGUACCAAAUCACUCAAGAGAACGAGAGGCUGGCCGCUGAGAAACACUUUAAUACUUGGGAUUCUUUCUGGGGAAGACCAGGCUGCGGCGCGCCGAUGGUCCACUACCGAAAUUCUAGGAUUGGUCAAUCCACACCGAGUUUGGCAAGUUCCAGAACGGAUCUGUUUAAGGCGUUGCAUAUGACGCAUCAAAAUAAACCAAAGGAAAAAUAAUCUGUGAAACUAUUUAGGACGAGUGCUUAAAAUUCGGUGCAAUACAUAACAUGCGACAUGUAUGUAUACGGAAUUCUUUCUCAUUUUCUAUGUAACUUAAAAAUCGGUGCACGCACAACGUAUAUACUGAAUCGUAUCAGGAUGGGUACUCACGUAAUGAAUUUGAAGCAAAUUAAGGAAUAUAUCCGAACGUCUCAAUUUAAAUUGAAUGACAGAAAUUAAUGAAUUUUUCACUCGAUUUUAUUCAUAAUGAUGAUUGUAUUACAUUGUUGGGUAUCAAAUAAACAUAUAAUUAGUAUUUUUAACUAUCUGUCAAAUAACAAUCCGUUAAUUAAACCAUGCAUUCCUACUUGCAACAAGAAACACAGGAAAUGGGAGUUUCCAAACAUAUAGAUAGAAUUUUUUCCAAUUACGCUCAUCCAUAUACCAGCACACAAUGAAUCUUCUCACAAGAUGAAAGAAACCCAAAAUUAGAACAAAUCUCGAAACAUGUAACAUGUAAUUAAUGAGAAAUUGCAGGCAACACGACUCC